GCAUAGUUCGCUACGGUUUUGAAGCGUUGAGUAAUUACGAUCAAGCCGUAAAUGACGGUCGCAAAAUCGGUUUUUUGAAAAUAAUUCGUAGGAUUGCCGUUAUUAGACCAAGCAAAUUAUUCGUUGCAAUGAUCGGUGAAUGAAUGGGCCCGCUUAUUUUGGAUGACACGUUUAUUGCUCGCUUAAUGGUCUAAAAAUCCGGCGACAAAAUAUAACAGAUCCACUCGUAAUUAUUUCUUUGUGCCAGAUUUCGUGUUGACGAGUUUUUUAACGAGCAAGUAAUAGCAUAGGUAAAAUAUAUUGAAGUAGUCCCUUCUAAGGCAAGAAAAUGAAGAAAAUUCAGCGUAUGUCUAACAUUGAAAAUCGCUCCAAGGGGAUUGGAAACGGUCCAGAGGGUAAGCCAUCGGGAAUUAACAAGAGAAGAGCUUUAACAGAUUUAACCAACUCAAUUUCUCGUGUGAGCUUGACGACACCCUGCGAUGAAUCGUCAUCUACAAUCGAUUUAGAAGAUGAUGUUUUCUACAAUACCCAAAGGGGAAAUCCAGAAUUAGUUAAUAACUUGUUUAAGCCUGUAAAACGUAAGUGGUCGCGUUCGAAUAGCGAAAGGCAGAUAAUUAGGUGUCUGGUUUCUAAUGGGUAUGAAGAUGCCGAUUUGGAAUUAGAUAUCUUUAAAUAUCUUAAGAAGAAGGAAAAAACGCUAGGCUCCAAAAUUUCCUUUUCCGAUGCUGAUGAAUGCAGAGCAGAAUUAGCCAAGUAUCGGGAGCAUGUCUUAAACUCAAUGUGUGAUUUACAGAUGAAACUUCCACCAUAUGAAGAUGAAACAUUUUUCAUAGCUGUUUCAUUGUACGAUCGAGUUGUUGAACGUUUGUGGAUUCAUCCUGAAUGGAGAAAUGUUCUUUUAGUUGGCACGAUUUGCUUGAACAUGGCAAUUAAGGCGGUUGAACAAGUACAUUUAUCAAUGCGCACAGUUGCUAAACGCUGUAAUUUCAUUAAAAAUGUAUCGUUUGUCCGUAAGACAGAAAUGGAUAUUUUAAAAAGCGUCGAUUUCGAUUUAUUUGUACCCACUCCUAAUGAUUUUACAGAAUUUUUACUUAAGUUAACCCUCCCAAAAGGAAGAUUAAUGAAAAUUUAUAAACAAAUGGCGAUUUACAUCUGCGAAUUAAGUUUGUAUGAAGAUAAGCUUUCUGACAUGGAUAAUUUACUCCGCUCCUCCUGUGCGGUGUAUAUAACGAGGAAAAUUUUGCCAACUAUUGAACCCACUUGGAAUAGCAAUAUGGAGAAAUUAAGCGGUUUAUCAGAAUAUGAUUUAAAACCAACGGUUAUCGUUAUUUUGGAGUUGCUUCUUGAUGAACAAUUCGUGCAAACAAAAUUCAUCUAUACAAAGUACUCUUCGACAAAUCACUCGGGAAUUUCAACCUAUAUAAUUCAAUCAUUAGCUCCGUCGUUACGUCGUCUUAGAGAUUGCCUGAAAAAUGGUUCGACUACUGUUCCUAACAAAAGAUUGAGUGCCUAAAUGACAUUUGUUCCGACUAAAAAAAAAACAAGAAAUAUGUAAAAUAAUGAUUUAUUUUUUAUUAUUUUGCUUGAAGGUGUUGUUUUAAAAAUGUGAUUUAUAUAUUUAAUAUGCUUAUACGGUCCUUAAUAUGUAGUUUUAUAGAUAAGUUUUCUACUGGAAAAUAUUUUAUUUGUACUUAUUUUUUUUUUUUGGCCGUUUUAAGAAAAAGAAAGGAAAAAAAGCGACAAUACAAUCGAUUCGUGUAAGAGUAUUGCAAAUGACUGUUUGCCUGAGGGCGAAGGACGCGUUACGCAACCUUAGCGCGUUAAUUACCCAUCUCUUCUAAAAAAUGAUCAAAGAAUAUUGACGACUCUAUGCCGACUGUGACCGGUUUUGUCAACUUAGGAUGGCGAUUACUUAUCUCGGUAGGCUUCUAUUGCGCCUUUAAUUGGUGAGAAAGAGGAAAAGAUGCCUGAGGGUCAAAAGAGCCGUGACGAAUUCUCGUUUAAUUAAAAAUGAUUUAUGCUAAAAGAAUUAGAAAAUGCGGGACUGUUCCGAAGAAUAUUCGCUUCUUUGUUAUUUAGGCGUCUUCAUUUAACACCUGGCAGCUAUACAUAUAUACAUAAACGUACAACGAGAUGGAUCGUUAGCGAGAUUUAAUUAUAGAAGAGAAGAAAUUAAUUUAAUACUGGUUCUCACAAUUAUCGCGGAAAAAAGAGCUUAGAAAGGCUUAGCAAUCAAACUGUUAAAAACGGUCGUAGGAGAAAAUUCAAUUGUUCAAAUACAUUCGAAAUCGGCUGUGUCAAUAGAUCCGGAGAGCGUCAAUUUUAAAGAAGAUAGUAAAAAUAAUAAAAAUUCAUCUCAAGUUCUCAUAGAAAUUUUACCCACUAAAUAUAAGACAAAUGCUUCUCAGAGUUGGGGCGAUUUUCUGCUCUUUAUGAACGGGCGGUUGAAUAGAGCAUAAAGAGGGACAGUUGGCUGGGUUCUGAGGAAAAACAGAUUACGUGGAUGUUCAGAUAGAAGAGUAAAUUAGGUGCUCUUAGUUCGUUCUGAAGUUUACCCCUACAAAAGAUAAUAUACGAUGAUAAUCGAACGUGAAAGGUCGUUUUUCUUUCCAUUAAAAUUAAAAGUUUCUAGUGACCGAGUGAUUGAUGAGCCGCAUAACGCCGAUAAACAAACAACCCUUGUUAAGUACAGCAUUAAAAGUAUAUACAUAAAUUAUUGAAAAAGAAACAAGCGGAAAAAAAAGUACUUUUAAACGCUUAUAACUUGGAGUUGACGAGUUCGUUCUGAAACGUCUUUUGAUCGUGUUUUUACAUACGUCGAGGUCAGAAAAAAGUUCAACUUAUUGAUAAUUUGAAGCAGUACGAACUAUUUAUAUUCACUUUAACUAGAUUUUAUAUUCAUUUUUUAUAAAAUACGUCUGUAUUAGAUAUUUUUAAAUAUAUGAAUAGAUUCGCUGUUCUGAAAUCUGUUUCUCAGGCUUCCGCAGUACGAAAGUCUAGUGAAAUGUCUGUUUUAAUACGAGAUAAAAAUAUAUACAGUGU